AAAUUAGCCGCUGUUUUUGUUUUCAGCCAUUUCAAAACUCGGACACAUUGAAAGAAUACUAUUCAAUUACCCCAUUAAACCCAAAAAAACUGUCUCUCUGAACGAUCUCUCCAGAAUUCUCUUCCCGAUUCUGAUUCCAAGCUGCUCAGAGUAAGGAAGAACAAUGGCUGGAAAAGGAGGGAAGGGGCUUCUGGCGGCGAAGACCACCGCGGCGAACAAGGAUAAGGACAAGGACAAGAAACGGCAAGUUUCCCGGUCAUCCCGAGCUGGUAUUCAGUUUCCAGUGGGUCGGAUUCAUCGUCAUCUGAAGACUAGGACUCAAGCAAAUGGGAGAGUUGGAGCUACUGCUGCUGUCUACUUGGCUUCAAUCCUGGAGUACCUGACUGCAGAGGUGCUUGAGCUUGCUGGCAAUGCAAGCAAGGAUUUGAAGGUGAAGAGAAUCACUCCAAGGCAUCUUCAGUUGGCCAUUAGAGGGGAUGAGGAGCUUGACACCCUCAUCAAAGGAACCAUUGCCGGGGGUGGUGUCAUACCUCACAUUCACAAGUCACUCAUCAACAAAACCUCCAAAGAUUAAGUUGUUGACAUCAAAUCUCCAGUUAUGGUUAGUACAUUUGUUAGGACAAUGGUGGAUUUGCUUAUCCUUUUUUAGAAUAUCUUGUCUAGGAAAUCUUGCAUGACUACUUGGAUUUGUGAUUAUAGUUGGUUUCCUUGUCCACAGUGCAGGUAUGCAGUACGCUUGUUGGAUAGUUAUAGGUUUUAGCUGCCUAGUAUCGUAGUGUAUUUUCUAUUUUGGUUGUCGGAUUCUCCUUUUGCACUGCAUCUUUGGAUUCUACAAUUGGUUUUUAUAAAGUUGAUGUUGCUUGCA